AUGGGGAAACUGCAGAGCAAAAUCAGCUUCCACACCUCCAAAUACAGGGCUGAUGGCUCCGUGGAAGAGACAGGACCUGUUCGAGCUGUUCAGCAGCACAGCCCCGUGCACACCAACGCCGUCACUUCUGUGGCUGCUCUCAAACCAGACCUGUGUGUGUCAGGAGGACGGGAUAAGAGCGUGGCUGUUUGCAGCUGGAGAUCUGGGGCUGCGCUGCGGCAGUUCAACGGGCACGAGCGGGAGGUCACCAAGGUCACCUCUGCCCUUGACUCAAACAGAGUCUUCAGUGCAUCCCGGGACAAGACAGUGAUGAUGUGGGAGCUUCACAGGACUUCGGGGCCAAGCCAGCACUUCCCAGGACAUGACCUGGUUGUUACUGGACUGGCUGUGAGCCCGGAUGCUUCCCAGCUGUGCACAGGUUCACGAGACAACACCGUGUGCAAGUGGGACACAGAGACUGGAGAGUGUCUGGGCAGAACUGCUAUCUCCAGGAAUCUGGUCACACAUCUGUGCUGGGUUCCUGGGGAGCCUUACGUUGCCCAGGCCUCAGAGGAUAAAACAAUCAGGAUCUGGGACAGCCGGGAGCUGCAGGUGGCACACAUGUUUCCAGCCAAGCGGCACAUUCAGACGUGCUGCGAUGUGAGCCAAGACGGGCGGUACUGCCUCAGCAGCAGCAGUGGCUCUGCUGGGGAGGGCGGCGAGGCGACCCUGUGGGACUUACGGCAGACAAGGAACCAAGUGUGUGAGUACAAAGGGCAUUUCGAGACCACAACCUCGUGCGUCUUCCUUCCACGGGGCCCAGCUCUCACCCCCAGUAUUGCCACGUCCUCGUACGACAGCACAGUGAAGGUCUGGGACCAAGACACUGGAGCCUGCCUGGCCACCUUGUGCCUCGAGGGAUCGGGACCACUGGCCUCGCUGGCCGUCUGCGACAGCUCCACACUGCUCUGUGCCAGUUUUAACUCGGGAAUUCAUGUACUCCAGAUGAGUGACCAUGCAGACCCGGUGCUGGAGGAGGUGGCAGUGUUUUGA